AUGCCAAAAACCGGCGUUCAUCAGCCUCUUGUCCGGCAUGAUGCCGAUGAUGGUGGGGAGACAGGCCAAUCUGUCAAAUCCUUCACCGACGGCAACUUGACAUCCGAGGAAGAGAUCGAAAGUCGCAUGAGUAGGCGUUCGUCGGUUAUUGCCGAUCUGCUGUCAUUAUUUCGCCGAUCAUCGAGUGUAUUGGUUCGCCCGCAUACACGGCUUGGAAAUAUGAACUAUGAUGACGAUGAUGAUGAAUUCGACGAAGAGUCAGAUAAAGAAGCAUCAAAAGAUCGAAUUCUGAAAAAAAUUCAACAGAAGAAAGAAAUAAUACAGAAGCUUCGCGGGCAACCAUGGUGUAUGAAAAGAAAAAGACGAACAUUAAGAGUUGCUCAAAAGCAUUUGCAACAGCAGGAGGCAAAAGUGUCAAAAGUUCGUUUAUAUAAAGCAGAAGCAGGAAGGAGGUUGAAUCAAGCUAGCCGAUGGCUAGAUAAUUUAAAAAUCUAUUUGAUACCAUGGGAAGCAAAAAUUCGAAAAAUAGAAAGUCACUUUGGUUCUGUUGUAUCUUCAUAUUUCACUUUUCAUCGAUGGGUUCUUGGUGUUAAUAUUGCCAUCACAUUAAUCAUGUGUCUGUUCGUAGUCAUUCCAGAGUGGCUCGCUGAUUCCCGAAUGGUCGAGGGAUCCGAGCGAUACAAUCGCACAAAAAUAAUUAAAGUAAUGCCAGAAUCAGUGCGUGAAAGGGCUGAUGAACUAUCAACUGUAUGGGAUUUUGGAGGAUAUUUUCAAUAUUCGUUACUUUUUUAUGGUUUCUAUUCAAGAGAAACAUUUUUUGGAGAAACUAUAAAAUAUCGAGUUCCGGUUGCAUAUUUUCUCUGCAAUAUAUUUGUUUUAGGAUUUUCACUUUUUAUUAUAUUGAGAAAAAUGGCUUUGAAUCAGCGUCGCGGCAAUUUGUCUUCUGGAAAAACGCAACAAUAUUUAUUUAACUGGAAAGCGUUCACAGGAUGGGAUUACACGAUUGGAAACGCUGAAACAGCUGGAAACGUGUAUAUGGCAAAUAUUAUUAAAUUUCGAGAAGCAAUUAAUGACGAUUCGAAGAAGCCUAACGAAAAACAUCCAUGGAUCAGAUUUUUGUUGAGAUUUCUCACAAAUAUUGCAAUUUUGGCAAUGUACACAUUUUCAAUUUGGGCCAUUAUGAGAUGCGCUUCAUUAAACGGAGAAAGCUUUGUGGAACAGAAUGCAACAGCUAUAACAAUUUCACUGAUUACCCUGGUUUUUCCCAAUAUUUUUGAUUUACUUGGAAAAAUUGAGAAGCUUCAUCCAAGAAAUGCAUUAAGGUUCCAAUUGGGAAGAGUUCUGGUUUUGUAUAUUCUUAAUUACUACACUUUGAUUUACUCUUUAAUGUACCAAUUGGAACAUUUGGAAAAACAGCGGCAAGCUAUACAAAAUGAAUUGAAUAAUGCCCCUUCUACUGUGACUUCUUCAGAUGCAGAGAAAGUUUUGAGAACUCUUCGACAAGUCAUUCUACCAAUGUACCCAGUUAAUAAUACACCACACACUUAUUUUUCUUAUGUUCCGGUCACUACCACAGCUGCUCCAACAACAUCCCCGAUUCCCACUAGUCCUUGGACAACAGUCCUUCCCGAUUUUGGGCCGUUUGGCGUAUACAACCCAAAAGUCGUCAUAACAAAAGAUGAGACUAUUUUGAAAACACCACUUGUUGUGACUCAUCAAAUUGGGCCUAAUUCUGACUGGAAUGACACGAGCACUAAUAUUUUGAACACUUUAAUGAGCCGCUCAUCAAUAACUCGAUCGUCGUGGAGAGUAAUGCAAUACCAAGAUUUGUGUUGGGAGACAAUUAUCGGACAAGAAAUAACCAAGCUUGUUACGAUGGACUUGUACAUGACGGUCGCUUCGAUUUUCCUGAUUGACUUCCUUAGAGGACUUGCAUGCAGAUAUUUAAACUUUUUCUGGCCAUGGGAUUUAGAGAGAACAUUUCCGGAGUACGGAGAAUUUAAAGUAGCUGAAAAUGUUCUUCAUUUGGUCAACAAUCAAGGAAUGAUUUGGUUGGGACUAUUCUUUGUUCCCCUUCUUCCUAUGCUCAACAACAUCAAGCUAAUUAUUCUAAUGUACAUGCGAGGCUGGGCAGCUAUGACAUGUAAUGUGCCAGCUAGUCAGAUAUUUCGAGCAAGUCGAUCGUCUAACUUCUUCUUUUCGCUUCUACUUUUAUUUCUGUUCCUUUGUACACUUCCAGUCGGAUUUGUGAUUGCAUCAAAACAACCGAGUAAAAGUUGUGGGCCAUUUGGAAACCAGCCAUUUUUCUAUAGUGUCAUUACUGAUGUUCUUCAUGAAAAUUUGGAUCCAAGAUUGGUUUCCGUUAUCAAAUAUCUUCUUUCUCCUGGUAUUAUUAUACCAGUAUUAGUUUUGCUAUUGCUAGCCAUUUACUUUUUGAUUGCACUUGUUUCUGGACUUAAAGAUGCCAAUCAAGAUCUAUCUAUUCAGCUUAUGCUUGAGCGAACCGAAGAAAAGAAAAAAAUUUUCGAACUAGCUGGCGGUAAAAAACGAAAAAGCAUUAGUGUUUUCGGAAAACGAAAACCGAAACCUCCAGUUAUUAAUGCAAAACAAACGUCGUCCGACGAUGAUUCGCAAUCGUAUCAUAAAUCGACAGCUCGUAGCGUUUCAGGACGAGCAUUUGUCCCAUCUCUUGGAUCGGUUUCGGAGGUUGAUCACAGCACAGGAGAAGAAGAACAAUGCUCAGAGACGCAGUCGGAUAUCUCAUCGAACCCGCCGAAACCCACGUUUUUGCAAACCCUCCUGGUUUGCAUUGGUUGGAAAGAUAUCAAAAGGAUGAGAAAUAUUGAUAGAGAUGUGAUACUUGAAGAAGGUUAUCCAAGUCAAAAUAGCUCAUCUGGAUCUGAAAGUGAUUCCGAAAACGAGGAAAAUGAUCAUAGAAAUUCCGAAAGUCGCUAUCUCCUUUCCCCUUCUUGUUCUCGUCCAGCUUCCAGAGAAAGAUCAGAAGUUCCCAGUAAACGCAGUUCUACUAGUAGAAGAACAAGCAACCGAGAUCUUUCCUAUCGCACUGCCAUUCAAUCAUUUGAACAGAACUCCGGUUCAGGAUCGUCAAAAUCAACGACGGUGCCUUCUAAUUCAGAUACACAGCCAAUGGGAAUUAUUGAAAACCCACUUCACACUUAUGUCACGCCGAUUAAAAUUGAGAAAAAGAGUUCAUCUGGAAGUUCCGGAAGUUCAAAUCAACAAUCAUCUUCGAUAGAAAAAAAGGCUGCAAAGCGAUUAUUGCAACCAAUUUAUACGUCUCAUAAUGUUCGAUAUGGAACUUUGGCUGAAUCAACUUCACAAGAUCCAACAAGACCACCAUCAGCUGACUUAUCACUGGCUGAAGGCGGAGGGUGUCAGGAUCCACUAUGGUUAAAUACAAAUCCACACAGCAGUUAUACGUCCGCAAUGAUGUCCCCAAUUAUGAACGAAUUUCUUUCUACUGAUGAGACGACGGAUGACGAGAAAGGACGACUUAUACCUGACCGACCCCCAAUUCCACACUCACCUCGUGAAUUGAAGCGAUUGAAACGUGAGAAGGAGUCACCUGGUAGCAAACCAAGUACCCCGCGACCUCCUCGAUUCAGAAUUUCAAUGUCGCCGCCAAGAAAAGGAGCAUCAGACAAAAAUGAUUCUGAUAGCUCAGCAAGAAAAUAUGAGAUGAGGGUGGAAAAAUCGCCAAAGAAACCGAACAAGACAGCAACCAAAGAUGCCACCACAAAUUUUUGA